CCGGUAAAUACAACCUAACUAAUGAGUGGGACAGCCAGAUGAAGACUGUCUUUGAGAACUUCCAUGUUGCACUCUCAGUUGUCCGCAAAGCGACGACGAAAUGCCCAAGAAGUGAUCUUUACUGAAUUAUCAGUAAUGCGUUAGCAGAAGAGAUGACUGAAUUUUGUGGGUUGAGCUUUUGUGCCUGCAUGACGGUGCAGGCUGCAGUAGACUGAAGACAGGAGGAGGAAACAUGACAUCCCAAGAGGUGAUUGCGCAACACUUUUGUUUAGAAGUUCUCUAGAAGUGGUUUUGUCUAAGUUGCCAAGUGCAAUUGUUUUUAGUUUGAAACUACGUCACUUCUAUUGAAACGCAAUAUGUUACUGUUGUUUUUUUGUUUUUUUUGGACCAUGAUUUUAGUCAUGUUAUCUAAAUUGAGUUUGUGUUGUCUAUGGUUUUAUGCCAUUGUAAAUAAAAUAAUAAAAAAAAAAAAGAUGUGGAGUAGAAGCUCUAAAUUCCAUGUGACUAUUUGCGUCAUAUGUCAGGAGAAACACAUUUAAGCAAAGAUUGAGGAAGUGCUGUGACAGAAACACUGGAAUGCGUCUUUGGCCACUUGUGAUGGACAAUAUCGCUACACAAUGAGAUGAAAUGCUGCAAAACAUUUUAUUCCUGAACAAGACGACUGUCCACAUCAGGUAUUGAACAGAUCUUCCAAACUUUCUGACCUGCUCAUGGCAAAGGUUAAUAUUUCUAGCUCUUGACACCAGAGUUGUGCCAACACUUCCAGAUGAGCUGGACCACCGGUACUCAAUGUGUUGCCAAGGGAGACCACAGGAAACCCAAACCUGGGGAGCUGUUGUAUCACAAAGGAGACAUUCUCACUAUUGUUGCCAUGACCACGAGUAAGAGAUGCUACAAAGCCAAACACAAUUCCACUGGAGACGAGGGGAUCAUAAAUGUCGCCAACGUGCGGGAAAGAGAAGCUCUACGGGUGGAUCCAAGCCUCAGCCUCAUGCCAUGGUUUCACGGGAAGAUUUCGGGCCCAGAGGCAGUUCGUAAGCUGCGACCGGCUCAGGACGGCCUGUUCCUGGUGCGCGAGUCAAUCCGACACCCUGGCGACUACGUUCUGUGCGUCAGCGCCUGUGGGGAAGUCAUGCACUACCGAGUGAUGUAUCAAGACGGCAAAGUGACUAUUGACAACAAGCAGCACUUUUACAACCUCAUUGACAUGAUUGAGUUCUACUCACAAAACAAGGGUGCCCUCGCUCAAACACUACUGAAGCCGAAACCAAAACAUGGAGCAAAGUCGGCUGAGAUGGAGCUGACAAAAGCUGGAUGGCUGCUGGACAUCAGCACACUGAAGCUGGGCCACACCAUUGGGGAGGGGGAGUUUGGCGCUGUGUUCGAAGGUGAAUAUUUGCACCAGAAGGUGGCGGUAAAGACCAUUAAGUGUGAUGUCACAGCUCAGGCUUUCCUGCAGGAGACCACAGUGAUGACGAAGCUCCAACAUAAAAACUUGGUCCGCUUGCUGGGAGUCAUCUUGCACAAAGGCCUUCUUAUUGUCACAGAGCUCAUGACUAAGGGAAAUCUGUCAAACUUUCUGAGGACAAGAGGACGUUCAUGCAUUAGCUCCGUGCAGCUACUUCGCUUUGCACUAGACGUGUGUCAGGGAAUGGAGUACCUGGAAUCCAAGAAGCUGGUCCACAGAGACCUAGCGGCUCGCAACAUCCUGAUCUCUGACGACGACGUGGCUAAAGUUGGCGACUUCGGGCUGACCCGGGCGGCCUCGAGGGUGUCGGAUAAGCAAUGUGCCAAACUGCCUGUCCGCUGGAGUGCCCCUGAAGCUCUGAAGAAACAGAAAUACUCCACAAAAUCAGAUGUUUGGAGUUAUGGCGUUCUUCUCUGGGAAAUCUUCUCCUAUGGCCGUCAACCAUACCCAAAGAUGGCUUUGAUGGAAGUGACUGAGCGAGUGGAGGGUGGCUAUCGUAUGGAGGCACCGCAGGACUGUCUCCCCGCUGUUUACGCCCUCAUGACCCUUUGCUGGGCCAAGGAACCUCGUAGAAGGCCCGCUUUCCAUAAAAUGAGGGAGAAAUUAGAAGAAGAGAUGGCCAAACGCAACCCGGGUUACGAGUCGUUACAUCAAAAUGGAGUCGGGCGUGCAACCGGAUGUGGAGGAAUGCAAGGUGAAUACAGGCUGCAGAGUGAGAGCGCACGGUGGAUUCCGGAGGAGAGGAGCAUCAGUAACUGAGCAACACGUUUACUUGUAACAGCAGGAGCCGCUGAGGGGCCCACACGCUCGGAUGCAUUUAUCACU